UAUUUUUAAUUUUAAACGCUGCUCCGAUUUGAUUUGACAGAUUUAAAAAACGGAUCUUAGAUCUCGAUCAGCUGGCCAUCUAUUGUGGUUUACUUUAGCCUUCAUGUGUCUUCAUGGUGACGAUGGUGACACAUGUUUGAUACACGCAAGUGCCGCGAACCUGACUUGGCAUUUUGCGAUUACUUAUAAUUGCUAUUAAAAAAAGAAAACUUUGCAUUAAUUCAGUAUUUUGAAGGUGUAACGUAUUGAUACGCUGCAAUUACGAGGAAUAAAUAUGCCUCAAUACACGAUUAAAGUCAAAUGGGGUAAAGAAUUAUUUUCUAAUGUGGAAGUAAAUACCGAAGAGGAACCAAUAUUAUUUAAGGCACAGCUCUUUGCUUUGACUGGAGUCCAACCAGAGAGACAGAAAGUAAUGCUCAAAGGAAUGACACUCAAAGAUGAUAAUUGGGGCAAUUUGAAACUUAAAGAUGGUGUCACGAUACUUAUGAUGGGUUCCAAGGAAGAGGACGUACCUACAGAGCCAAUAGAAAAACCAGUAUUCUUGGAAGACAUGAAUGAAGCUGAACUAGCUACCGCUUUAGAUCUACCAUCUGGUUUACUCAAUCUUGGGAAUACAUGUUAUCUAAAUGCUACGGUACAAUGUUUAAAAACUGUGCCAGAAUUACGAGAAGCCUUGAAGAUUUUCUCAGGAGGUUGGACAACAGGAGCAAGUUUAUCAAUAACUGCACAAAGCAUAACUGCGUCGUUAAGGGAUCUAUAUGACAAUAUGGAUAAAGGGACAGCUAGAGCACCACUUGUUCUGCUCCAAAUGUUGCAUUUAGCCUUUCCAAGAUUUGCAGAAAAAACUGAACAAGGUGUAUUUCAACAACAGGAUGCAAAUGAAUGUUGGACAGAAUUAAUUAGGAUGUUGCAACAAAAAUUACCUGCAAAGAACAAUCCAGAUGUAUCAGAAGAUAAUGAUAAAACCUCUAAACCAAGAUCGUUUAUUGAACAAUACUUUGGAGGUAUAUUUGAUUAUGAACUAAAGUGUAUCGAAUCUGAGGAUGAACCAGCUACUACUGGAAAAGAAGAAUUUUUACAACUGAGUUGUUUUAUUUCUACUGAAGUUAAGCAUAUGUAUUUUGGACUUAGAAAUAAAAUGCAGGAGCAAAUUACAAAAAUGUCUCCAACACUUGGAAGAAAUGCUACUUAUACAAAAACGUCGAAAAUUAGUAGGUUACCAGCGUAUUUAACCAUACAAUUCGUACGAUUUUAUUACAAGGAGAAAGAAGCGAUUAAUGCAAAAAUUUUAAAAGACGUUAAAUUUCCUUUGGAAUUUGAUGCUUUUGAAUUAUGUAGUCCUGAACUUCAAAAUAAACUUGUACCGAUGCGCGAGAAAUUCAAAGAAUAUGAAGAUAAUUUAGUAGAGGAAUCUUGUAAUGUAAAAACUAAGGAUAAAGAGGAUAGCACAAAAAAAGAAAUGAAACAAGAACCAUUUUGGUUUAAAAAUGAUUUGGGAUCAAACAAUAGUGGCUAUUACAAAUUACAAGCGGUUUUGACACAUCGUGGACGUUCUAGCAGCAGCGGCCAUUACGUUGCUUGGAUUCGACAAAAGGGUGAUACAUGGAUGAAAUGCGAUGACGAAAUGGUAACGGCUGUCACCAGCGAAGAAAUCUUAAAACUCAGUGGAGGCGGUGAUUGGCAUUGUGCGUACGUUCUUUUAUACGGCCCUAGAAUCUUGGAAGUGGAAGUGAAAGAUACGAAAAACACUCCAAUCGAUACAGACAACACUGAAGCUUAACUGCCAAAUAAUUGUUUUACAAUUGUGCUAGAUAAGAAAUUGCUUGUGUUGCUAGCUCCAUAUGAAUAUUUGUUUCUUGUACCAAUUAAUACAAUAUCAUAAAAACAU